GGUCUAGAGACACCAAUCGUUGUCAUAUGCGAUGGCUUGAUAAUGAUGAUGAGAUCCUCACGAUCAGUUGCAUCUGCUGGUCUCUUAUUAAUUUACUUGCCCUGUACCAUGCGGCUCAUUGAUGUCGAGUUCGAGAAUAGAAAUCUUGAACUGCGAGUGUGUUCAAUUCGGUGCAGGCUUGAACAGUCGAAUCUGCUGGUUAAUAUUGCUUUAGAGUCGGCUCGCCGGUGCUAUCUAUGCUUUUGCAAAGAUCAUGGAUCAAGUAGCCGCAUGCCAGGUCAACGGUUCAGGAGUGGAGUGGGAUUGGAGGGCACCGUCACAUUUCUAUUUCUCAAUGGGAACGCUUUUAGUUAUCUGCUUUUAUUGGACAUCUUAGAUAUGCCUGGUAUAUAUAAAGAUAGAAAACAUUAAAUCAUGCUGUAUCCACAACGAUGCUCGUCAUCAUCAAGACCAGAUGGAAAGAAAAAGUGAGUUAGAGACUCAUUCAAAAACGCUGCCAACAGUCUAUACCUCCGUAGAGGACCUCUUC